AAACGAUUUUCGGAGAGUUUAUGCUUAUGUUCGUUACACAUUUGGUGGAAUAAUGCAGUCAAUGACCCAUGGAAUCAUACAGUGUUAGAAUGAAAUUAACUAUUUUACUCAGCGUCACUUGAUACUGGGUUGUGUACUACAAAAACCCUACAUAAAAAGAAAAUUCAAGGUGUUGGCGAUGGGGAAGCUGUUUGUUUUCUUGUUCACGAUUGCCCUACUUUGUAUUAAUUCUUCGGAGGGCUUCCGUACAGGCGUCCUCUCUAAUACCACAGACUUGGAAAGGAUAGUCAGAGAAACAAAUGAGGCCUUCUCUCCACGACUGAGUCCUUCAGAUCUACCACUGCGGCAAGUAGUAUCGACUGGCAAAGAAAAGGAAGAUGAUGGCGAGCAAGAGCUAAUGAGAUCUCGUAGGGGAUUCCGCUCCUACUUUUACAACUACCUUGAUGAAAUAGCCAUGGCAAUUUGUGCCUCGAUUCCGAGCGAAGGGCCUGGUCUUCUUUAUGCUGUACGAAGGACGUGUGGCGAGAAAGCAACUUGUAAAGAUAUUUGUACCGAUGCAAAGUUAAGGAAACAAGGUCCAAAGGAGGUACAAAAUCUGCAAUGGGCCUGCACGGAGUCACUGCAUGUUUACAAAAGGCAGCCGGCCUUGGCAGACAACUACGAAGACUACACAGAUUCACAUAAACUAGGACUUGCAAUCUAUAGGCAUUAUUCAUGCACAAUCGGCGGCUGUGGGCCUAACUACUGCUGUUGCAGAGCAGCGUAAAUGCAUUUUAACCAAUCUAACUGAAACCAGUUAGAAUAACAAUAGCUUGCUUAACGCAGGUUAGAAUGUCUUGGACUUUGUCUGUUUUUGAUCUGUAAAUUUGGAUGCUGCAUAAAAAAUUAAGGAUAUCUAUUAUAGCUAAGUAAUUCUGUACAUUAUGCUAUGGUCAUGCGAUAAUGAUUUUUUUGCCUUUUAUUUGCAAUGCGCUAUUAGUAGCAACUAGUCCAAUCCACAAAUCGAGCAAUAAUUUGAUGAUACACCAGAUUGCUAAUUAUACCAUCUAGAUUUUUUUAGCCUAGACCUUCAUAAGGAGAUAGUCAAUGGUUUGCCUUGUUUUAACACGCGUUAGGAUAGGCUAGGUUGUUACUUCUAUAGCAUAGAUUUUCGGACACAGUGCACCAUUUUUGCUACAAUAGUAUAUCAUUGAAGUGAAUGAUAAGAACAAUACCAGGCAGAGAUAGGCCCAUGGCCGUCUUUCUACGUGCGAAUGGAUUGGAAACGAGAUGGCUGCUGUACUCAAAGCUCUGUAGAACAUAUUGAAUAUAAUGUAUUCGGUACAAGCUUGUUAAGAACUUCUUAUUCUCUGAAUCAGGAUGUUUUCAUAGAAUUAAUGCAAUCGUGAUAAUGUUAAUUUUUCUGCUCUGAAUGAAAAUUGAAUUACAGAAUGAACACAAAUUCAUUUUGA